UUCAUCUGCGUAGGACGCGCAGAAAGUGCAUCUUGAAAGACGACAGACGCAUUGUGCAAAUUGCAGUGUUGUUGAUGUUGUGAUGGUAGUGCGGUGUUAUGAGGUUGUGGGUGUUGAUGUUAGAGUGGCAUAAAAACGUUAGCAGUCAUGACUGCCUGUAAUAUUAGCACAGGGGAAAGUUUACUUGCUUUAAUCGAUGACAUAGAAAUCAUAGCAAAGGAGCUAAUCGAAAAUACAAUAGUCCAGAAACACCAGAAGCUGUCAAAUUCAGAACAUGCACAAAUUACGGAAUUGUUGUUGGCAAAGGACAAGCAGCUCAAAGAGACGCUCAAAUUGGCAGCAGAACAAGCAAAAAUUAAUCAAAGAAUGGAAGCCCUGAAAGCAGAAGUGGAAAGACAAGAUCAGUACAUUCAGAACUUGCAGAGACAACUGAAAGAAGCUGAACAGAUUUUAGCCACUGCUAUAUUUCAAGCAAAACAAAAACUGCAGUCAAUUGCAAGAGCCAACAAAAGGCCUGUUCCAUCAGAGGACUUAAUAAAGUUUGCUCACCGAAUUAGUGCUUCAAAUGCUGUUUGCGCUCCAUUGACGUGGCAGCAAGGUGAUCCCCGAAGACCAUAUCCCACAGAUAUAGAAAUGCGUCUUGGUUUCCUUGGAAGACUGAGUGAUCUACCCAUGAAUGGUCAUCUUAUGCAACAACAAGGAAGUCUCUCUGAUCUCCACAGGGGAACGCAUGCAGCUGGUGUCGAACCUCCAGCAUCACAGCAAAGCCAGUUUGCGUGGCAUCCAUCUGGAGAAAUUCAUAUGUCUGUUGGUCAGGGAAGUGUAGCAAUGGACACACGAAAUCAUAAUAAAGAGACUGAAGACGUGGAAGUGAUGUCUACUGAUUCGAGCAGCAGCUCAUCAAGUGAUUCUCAGUGAUUGUUGUAAUUUUUCAUGCAAUUGUCACAAUUGUUUUCAUAAUGAGUAUCAUAGUAUGCUUAUUAAUAAAUCACUACUUAUUUAUAUAA